AUGAAUGAUGAGCAACGCUUAUUUAAAUAUAUUAUCAGGAAUUUUGACAUUUCCAUACGACCGGUUUGGAAUGCAAGCAGUGUUGUAAAUGUUUACAUGGGUCUUACACUCACCCAUAUUUUCAAUAUUGAUGAGAGGAAUCAAGUGUUGACACUAAACGUUUGGGUAGAACAAAAUUGGCACGACGAAAGGAUUCGUUGGAAUCCAAUUGAAUUUGGCAAUAUUAGUAAAUUAACAGUGGGCAAGAAAUAUUUGUGGACACCAGAUAUCGUCCUCUACAAUAAUGCGGGAGAUUUUUCACGUGGUUUUGUCGACACCAAUCUUCAUAUUUUAAGCAAUGGUGAUACGCAAUGGGCACCGCCAGCAAAAGUUUCUUCGAUAUGUAAAUUGGAUGUUAGAUACUUUCCAUUCGACGAUCAAUUCUGCUUGCUUGAAUUUGGCUCAUGGAUAUACGAUCAAUCACAAUUGGAUGUACAAAUUAUGGAACGAUACGAUGGUAAGAAUCCGUUCACACGCGAUUCGUUCAUUGAAAAUGGAGAAUGGGAAAUUGUUGCAAAUCGUACACGUAAGGUACUUCGUGGUCGGCAGACAACCUUUUCAACAAUUGUGUUUGAAUUGCAUUUACGACGACGAGUACUGUACUUCAUUUAUAAUAUUAUUGCACCGUGUUUCAUGCUUUCUAUAUUAACAAUGAUGCAAUUUCUAUUACCGUGUGAAAGCGGUGAAAAAAUAACACUUGGCUUAACAGUAUUACUGGCUUAUUCCGUUUUUAGCUUUAAUAUUGCUGAAAAUAUGCCGGAAACAUCAGAAGUUAUCCCUCUUAUUGCGAUAUAUUUGAUGGGAAUAAUGGCAAUUUCGGGUCUUAGUGUUUGUUUAUCAGUUAUCGUUCUCAAUAUGAGGCAUAGCGCUGAACGAAAUUGCAGACCUCCACAUUGGUUAAAUUUUAUUGCAUACCGAAUUCUCGGACGUUUAUUUGGUAUAGCGACACAAAAAAAGCACAGAAAACUGGAAUAUGCAAAAGAUACAAAAGAUGUGAUGAGCGAAAUUAUAGUAAUAUAA